AUGAAUGUCCUUCCAAGUUGUUGUUAUCUUCUGAAUCUUCCACACCAAAUUAUCCAAUCAUCAUCUCCGAUUGCAUACUUGAUGACAGAAGAAUUUUUCAAGACUCUCUAUGAACAAUUAAAAGAUGAAUCAAAUGAUCGACAUGUGAAAUGGAUUAUGUGUACCUUUGCAGGUGUUAAUUUAAUUUUUGACACUAUUCGAAAAUUGGAGUUUAGUGAACAUUUAUUGGAAUUAUUGGAAAAACGAAAUGUAAAACUAACGAAAAUUGGAAAAUUCGGGUUAUUGAUGUAUGAAUAUUUACUUCAGCACAUGCUCAAUGAUUUACGCUUCUAUGAUAAGGUUUUAGAGCAUCAAGCUCAAAAAGUGUGGAUUGGAAAAACAGCAUUUCUUCACAAAACAUUAAAUCAAACAAAAAUUGGAUUGAUGGGUUUUGGAAAUAUUGGAAAAUAUGUUUCUCAACAAUUGAAGCAAUCAUUUCCAAAAAUUACCAUUCACGUCUAUCGAAAUCAAAAAUGUAACACAAAAACUGAACAUUCUAUGCAAGAAGAAGAAGGAGAUGCUGACAGCCACAUGGCAACAGUUGACAAAUUCUUUUAUGGUCCUGGAGAAUUGAAAGAUUUUCUCUCUUCCACGGAUUUUGAUUUCAUCAUUAGCAUUUUGCCUUCGACACCACAAACUCGUAAAUUACUCGAUCAUGAAAUGUUACAACACUUAACCACACGAUCUCACACUUGCUUUAUUAAUGUAGGAAGAGGAGAUUUAAUUUCAGAAUGUAGUGUCCUUUCAGCCCUUGAUCACAAGUACAUUCGAAAGGCAAUUUUAGAUGUAUUUGAGGUCGAACCCUUACCAAACACUAGUGUAUUUUGGGAACGAAAGGAUGUCAUUGUGACACCUCAUAUUUCUGCUCUUUCCAUUCCCAGUGUAUUGGUCGAAUCAUUUUUCGAGAAUUUUCUUCUCAUCCAUGUGCAUCAUAAGGAUCAUGAUGCUGUAACUUUGGAUUUUAACAUGUUAAAGUAUUGUUGUGAUUGGAAAAAGGGAUAUUAA